CGAAUCGAUACCGUUAUCGAUGCUGAGGCACAGCGAGGACAUGCUAUAAUGAAACAUAUCAGCCAACGUCUCUUUAAGGGCAUCGGCGUUCUCGAAUCAUUUAUCCCUACGAAUGGUCUCACUGGCUUCAAUAGAAACAACCACACAGGCUACGGCAAUGUAACGAUUCUCGAAGAUUACCAGCACCUCUGCAAUCUUUCCCUCUGCGACCUUUCACUAGCACAUUUCACCUACAUCCCUUCUCUCGGCGGUAACGCAUUCUACGCUGCAGUAUUCGGCAUCUAUAUCCUACUCAACAUCAUUUUCGGUAUUCGUUACAGAACUUAGGGGUACAUAGCUGCAAUGUCCCUUAGUCUUACCGGAGAAGUCGUUGGCUACAUAGGUCGGAUCCUCCUUAACAAAAAUCCAUUCGAUCCCACCGGCAACGAUUUCCUCCUCUAUCUCGUCCCUCUCACCAUCUCGCCCGCCUUCCUCUCAGCAGCAAUCUACCUCUGCCUCGCCUGCAUCGUCGUCAUAUACGGAGAACAACUCUCCAGAUUCAAGCCCGGAACAUACACCAUCAUCUUCUGCGGUUGCGACAUCUUCGCCCUCGUCCUCCAAGCACUAGGCGGCGGAAUUGCCUCGGGCGCUAAAACACAGAGCAAACUCCAACUCGGCAUAAACGUCAUGCUAGCAGGUCUCUCGGUCCAAGUCGCCUCCCUCACCCUCUUCGCACUCAUGUGCGCCGAAUUCGCCUGGCGUCUACACUCCCAUCGCAACGCGUGGCGCACCGACCACGCUGCCAUAUACAACAGCCGGCUCUUCAAAUCCUUCCUUAUUGGUCUCUGCGUCGCGACUUUGACGAUCUUCAUUCGAUCCGUGUUCAGGGUCGCGGAAGUAUCGGGCGGCUUCCACGGUCCGUUGGCUAAUAAUCAGGUCUCGUUUAUGGUGCUGGAGGGUGCGAUGAUUGUCGUUGCUACGAGUUGUUUGACGGGGUUGCAUCCGGGGUACUGUUUUCAGGGGGCGUGGCAUGCGGCGGAUUUUAGUUUUGGGAAGGGGAAGGUUUUGGAUGAGGAUACGGAGAUGAGUUGAUUGGUUUUGUGGGGUCGAGGGGAUGAAUGGGCGAUGUCUUUUUGGUUUUUUUGUUGUAUGGGUAGUAGAGGGAUGCGAGAUAGAUGUACUUCAGCUGUG